CAUAUUCAUUCCGUUCUUUUUAAACAACAAAAAUGGCCCUAAACGCAACAAUGCGCGCCGUCCUCUGGACAGGCACCCCCUUCCAAAUGAGCGUAGCGUAAUCGACGUCCCAAUCCUCACAAUCCAGAACCAAACCGACGCCAUCAUAAAAGUCACCACAGCCGCUAUCUGCGGCACAGACCUCCACACCUACCACGGGGUAUACGGAGCAAGACCGUGCCGUGGAUCAUGGGACAUGAAUGUAUUGGUGUUGUUGAUGAGAUCGGGAGUGCGGUUGGUUUUGUGGACGUUGGGGAUCAGGUUAUUGUUCCUGACGCGACUUAUGAUGGAUAUGUGGGAUUCGAGGGCAGAGAGGAUGUGGGGUUUGGGUAUGGGGUUGAUUAUGGGCUUGUGGGGGGUUGUCAAGCUGAAUAUGUCCGUGUUCCAUUUGCUGGCAAUAAUCUCAUCCCCAUCCCCAACACCAACGACACAAGAAACACCCUAGACAAUGACUACCUCCUUGUCGGUGAUAUCUUCGCCACAGCUUGGGCCGGCCUCGAUUUCUCCGGCUUUGAACCCGGCGAUUCAGUCGCAGUAUUCGGCUCCGGCCCUGUUGGUCUCCUAGCCGCAUACUCUGCAAUCCUCCGCGGCGCAUCCGCAGUGUACGCAGUUGACCACGUCCCCGAGCGUUUGAGAAUGGCAGAAUCAAUCGGUGCAGUCCCAAUCAACUUCCGGGACUCCGAUCCCGUCGACCAAAUACUUGACUACGAGCCCAAAGGCGUAACACGCAGCGUCGACUGCAUCGGCUACGAAGCCGUCAAUGCAGUCCUCGAACACGAGCAAAACAUCGUCAUCAAGAACAUGGUGUCCGUGACCGCACAGGGAGGCGGUAUCGGAGAAAUAGGCUGGUUCAUUGCGUCCGGGAACUCAAGCGGGACGCCUCGUGGAAGCACAAUGUCGCCGAAGAUCGAGUUCCCCAUAUCAGAGUUCUUUGACAAGGGCUUGAGUAUGCGCAGUGGGGCUGUGGAUGUGCUGCCUUGGGCUUCGACGCUGGUUGAGUUGAUUGCGAGUGGGAAGGCCAGGCCGGGGUUUAUUGUUAGUAGUGAGAUUGGGAUUGAGGAGGUGCCGGAGUAUUAUGAGCGGUUUGAUCGGCAUAUGGAGACGAAGGUUAUGAUUCGGUUUGAGGAUUGAUGAUUUUCUGUUUGUUAUAAUAAGUUUGAAAAGCCACGUGGGUAGAGGAUUUCAAGGUCGCGGGGAAGAAAGAAUCAGCAGUUUGAACAAGGGUUGGGAAUGCAAUAUAGCUGAAGGUUUAUUUGGACAUUUUCGGUUGAAUAUAAACCCAUCAGAAAAGAGAGCAGAGC